AUGGCCGUGAAAGAGGCAAUGGAGGAUCGGCUAGCCGUGCCAGCUUUCCGACAGCGGCUCUUGGAUCCGAACGGGGGCGGGCUGGUGCCGGAGAACGCGUCCUUCCAACAGCUGGGUGAGCCAGAGGAGCUGCAGCUGGUGAUCCUUCCCUGCGGCCACGGCUCGGAAGAGCAGCUGCUCCAGGCGGCGGACAAAGGCGAUCUCCGGGCCCUGAGCCAGCUCUUGGACCUACCUGCGGAGCCCAACUGCCGCGACUCCCAGGGGAAGUCGCCGCUCAUGAAGGCGAGCGCAAAAGGCCACCUCAAAAUCGUGCAGCUCCUGCUGAAGGCAGGAGCCGACGCCACCAUCGCUGAUUUCUCGGGAACAACCCCGUUGAUGGUGGCAUGCAGCCUGGGUCACGCCGAAGUUGUCCACUGCUUGGUAGAAGCCUCGGCCACCAUCGACGAGCCGGAUCAGCACGGGAAGACCUCCCUGCAAGUGGCUGCGGGCGAAGGUCAUUUGGAGGUCGUGCGCUACCUUUGCGAGCAAGGUGCGGACAAAGAGACCUUCGACCAAAAGGGCCGAACUCCGCUCCACCGGGCAGUGGACGCCGGCAGACUGGACGUGGCGCGUUUCCUCCUCGAGGCCAGGGCGGAUAAGGACCAGCCUGAUCAUCAGGGCAGGACUCCCAUGCACGAUGCUGUCCUGGCAAGCCAGUCUGCGUUGGUGAAGCUCCUAAGUGAGGGUGGCGCAGACAAGCACAAGCGUGACGACCAGGGCCGAACACCCAUCUACGAUGCUGCAUGCGCCGGGAAUCGGCACAUCGUCAGCUACCUGAUCCAGCAUGGCGUGGAUGUGGAUGCCCAAGAUGCUGCGGGCCGAAGCGCACUCUUUGUCGCAUGCCAGAUCGGCUGCCUGGGCACCAUGAGGUGCUUGCUGGAUGCCGCUGCCAAUGCAGAUGCCAGUGACCGAGAUGGCUGGACCCCGUUGCACGUCGCUGCCUGGAAUGGACGCCUGACAACCGUCCGCCUUCUCUACCAAGUAGUUGGACGAAGAGAUCGCCUCGAUCAUGAGGGGAGGAGUCCACUCUUCGCAGCUGUCUGCAAUGGCCAGGCCGAGGUGGUUUGCUGCCUGGUUCACAUGGGCGCCGAUCGCAACAGGCAAGAUAGCAAUGGCCGCACACCUCUUUACGAGGCCUCGCGCCUCCGCUGGGCUAAUGUCGUGGAGGCGCUCUGCCAGCUGGGAGCGAACAUGGACCAGGCGGAUCAGCAGGGACGGGCUCCUCUACAUGCGGCCGUGUGGAACAACUCCGUCAGGGUCGUGGACCUGCUGCUGCGCGCAGGGGCCGACAAGAACAAGUCGGAUUGGGAUGGGAGGACGCCCCUCUUUCUGGCCUGCUUCUUGGGAUCGCUGCCCAUCGUCCGCGCGCUGGUGGGAGCCGGGGCGAACAAGAACAAGUCGGAUCCCCAUGGUCGAACGCCUCUGAGUAUGGCCGUGUGUGGUUCCCAUUUCGCCGUGGUGCGCCUUCUCAUUGAAGAAGGCGCGAACCGGAACCAGGCAGACCGAUUCGGCAGAACGCCACUGCACGAGGCCGCUCGUCAAGGGAAUCUGGAGAUUGUGAAGAUGAUGCUACAGGUCGGGGUGGACAUGAACAAGGCGGACAACUUUGGAAGGAGUCCGCUCGAGAUGGCUGUUGCUGCCAACCACCUCCGUGUAGCGCGGGCACUGCUUGACAGCUACAGCGACCGGGACAGGCCGGCACGCAUGCUGGCCCUACCGCAGAGCGCGUUACAGCCGCCUCCGGCACCCCAGAAAGCCUGGGUUUGA